CCCCUCUUUCGAGUCCUCAUCUCGAGAUAGCGUCUGGCGUCCACAGAACGUGACUGGAGAGGAGGGACGCACGACGUUUGAAAAAUCCAAAUUAAGGCCGAUACUUCAUUGUGAAACGGAGAGGUCUGGCAGUAUAGGGAGCUGUGCGGUUUGUCCUCCAAAUAGUCGGCUGGGUGAAAACAUUUAGUGCGUAUCUGUCCGACCAGCAAGGAAGUAGACUAGAAGAGGAUUACGUAGUCUGUCGGUGCAAGGAUUUGUCCAAACGCUAAGAAGCGUGCGUCGACAUUCUGACGAUCGUUAAAGUUGGAGCCAGGAAGUCUGUUCCACUCCGGGGCUCAGCGAGUGUGUGGGCCGCUGGAUCCAGCGAGAGAGAGACCGCCGCCAGGACCGCAAGGGGAUGAAAUCGGAUGGGGUUGCCAUGGCGACCGCCGAGCCCUCCGAAGAAUUAGGAGCCGAGCCCUUGGCCCAGGGGAUGGCCUCAGACGAGCCCCCCCCGCAUGCAGAUCCUUCCAGGGCACCGCCCCAAAAUUCCACAGCACCCCCAGCAGCUUCCAGGCAGAUCAACGGGGCCAGCGGCAAGGCAACCGCUGACCCCAAGGCGAAGACCACGGGCGUGGCUAAACCGCGGCCGGGCACAGCCAUCACCAAGAAUACGACGGGUCUGGCAUCAGGGCCCGGCACCUUGCGUCCGGGCACUGCCCCGAGCCGCGCGGCCAACGGAGUAAAGCCCUUAGCCAGCGACUUGGCCAAGAAAGCACCGCUGGACAAAAAGAAAGCCGGAGCCACGGCGUCCACGGCAGCGGCCAAGAGGCCAGUCGGAGUGGCUUCCACCGUCAGGACCCAGACUAAGGUGGCUGACAGGAAGCCUGCCGGUGCAGCCAAGCUUAACAACACCACCAAUACAACCAGGACUGCUGUGACGGGAGCUCCAACCAAGAGACCUCCCCCAGCAGGCCCCAGCAACGGGGCCGGGGCCCGACCAAAAACUACAGCUCCAAAACCUGCAACCACUGCUGCAGCCAAACCUGAUAGGACUGCUGUUUCCAAGACAACCAGGCCCACCACUGCCCACUCCGGUCUGUCACUGGGCACGUCAAAGCCGGCCACCGCUACCUCCUCAGGACCUGCAGCUUCCAGAGUUGGCACCACAGCGCCCUCCACUGGCAACACCACUGCAGCGCAAGCAACCAAACCCACAGGCCCUGCAAAGAAAAAUGUCAGUAGACCACCAACUACUGUCACAGCUAGGAAGCCUGCGCCAACCGCUGCAACCAAAACAUGGAAACCGGACCCUACCAAACCGUUUGCGGCCUCCAGACCAGAGCCUGCCUUCAAGCGGCCCACAUCCACCAAGGCAGCAGCCGACACCAAGUCAGCUCGCCCGAAACCACAGGAACCCAAACCCCUGCCCACACGUAAAACCACCCGGACCCCGGCCACACGACAGCCCCUUGGCAAGACCCCGCCUGCGUCCCCCAGCGGCAAGCCAGUGGGCACCACAACCCCCCGGGCAAUCAAACGAGUCCCCAAACCCACCCAGUCUGUCCUGCCCUUUACAGGAGCUGCUGCAGCACUUUCAACUGUAACAGCUGCCGGAGAGCCAGAGGUGGCAGCUUCAGAUGUCCCUGUUUCAGCAUCAUUGGUGCUCCUGGAGUCCCAAACAGAGGUGGCUGCCUCAACUCCCAAGGAUGCUCCUGUUGCAUCUCCACCAAAGAGCCCCCUCGGCCAGGCUGAUGCCCCCCCUGCAUCCGUGAGCCCCCUCGGCCAGGCUGAUGCCCCCCCUGCAUCCGUGAGCCCCCUCGGCCAGGCUGAUGCCCCCCCUGCACCCGUGAGCCCCCUCGGCCAGGCUGAUGCCCCUGAGACAGGCCCCCUCGGCCAGGCUGAUGCCCCCCCUGCACCCGUGAGCCCCCUCGGCCAGGCUGAUGCCCCUGAGACAGGCCCCCUCGGCCAGGCUGAUGCCCCCCCUGCACCCGUGAGCCCCCUCGGCCAGGCUGAUGCCCCUGAGACAGGCCCCCUCGGCCAGGCUGAUGCCCCUGAGACAGGCCCCCUCGGCCAGGCUGAUGCCCCCCCUGCACCCGUGAGCCCCCUCGGCCAGGCUGAUGCCCAUGAGACAGGCCCCCUCGGCCAGGCUGAUGCCCCCCCUGCCCCAACGAGCCUCCUCGGCCAGGCUGAUGCCCCCCCUGCCCCAACGAGCCCCCUCGGCCAGGCUGAUGCCCCCCCUGCCCCAACGAGCCCCCUCGGCCAGGCUGAUGCCCCCCCUGCCCCAACGAGCCCCCUCGGCCAGGCCGCCGACACCCCAGAGUGCCUAGGAGACCCCAUUGUCCAAUCUGUCUUUGUCUCAGGCCCAGAACUUCCCCAGCCAAAGCGGGACCAGCCCCUACACCACGACAUCCCCACAGCAGAGGCUAGCAUGACGCCCAGCCCCCUGGAUGCCUUGGAGAAAGUCCAGCUUCACAUGGAUGAAGAGGAUGACGACGAAGAGCGGGAGGGCAGCCAGCAAGUGUCUGUGUCAGAGAUGAGCGGCACACAGCCCACGGAAGAGUCCAGGCCUGGCUCGGCUGGACCGGCAGGUUCCGGGUGGCGCGCGGGUGGUGCCCUGCUGUCGGAGCUGGACUCUGAGGAGGUGAGCGCCCCGGGCGUCCUCGAGGGCACAGAGAGCACGGAUGACCUGGGCGACGCCAGCCUGAAGGGUGCCAUAGACAUGGAGGGCAUGUCGGCGUCGGCCGGCUCGCCCGACUUUGAGAAGGUCCCCGACAUCCCGACCAAUGAUUUCGAGGACGAAGAAGACGAUCGAGUGUGCGACAUGGAGGUAGGCUCAGAGUGGGCCGAGGACCCGCGACGUGUGAGGCCUGACGACGAGGAGGACGACGAAGAUGUGGAGAUGGCCAGCGAGGGGGUGACUGAAAGCGGGCUGGAGAGCUACGGCAACGGGGACGAGGACGACUUUCCUGAGGACGAACGGCUUGACAACCUGAACCGCGCUCAGCACGGUUUCACGCUGCCCUCCGCCCCAGUCCCCCAGUGGGACCAAGCCAACCCAAACGACUUCUCCGAGCCCUGGACCCAGCGGCCUGCCCCUGCGUCCCCCCUGGAGAAAGCCCCCCAGCCCCACGCAGCGUCCUCUGGCCAGGCCGUCUCCCAGUCCGGUGGGCUGACCUGCACGGAGCCGGCGGUCCACAGCAGCAGUGAGACCAGCACGUCCGAGGAGCUCCGCGACGACAACGCUAGCGCCGGCGUAGAGCACCGACCCGUUGACAACCUGAACCGAGCCCCGCCUGCUCCCCCGCUGCCCUCCGCCCCGGGCGCCCAGUGGGACCAGCCCGAUCCCAACUCCUCCUGGGCCACGCAAGCUCUGUCGGCUGUCCCUGUGCUGGCCCCCACCAGCCCCCCCCCUGACCAAUGGCAGUCUGAUUUGGAGACGACUGCUCAUUCCACAUCCCCGGUCCCUGCCCCUGCUUCACCCCAGGAGAAAGACGCCCAAGACCCGAAGGCCCAGUCCAGCAUCUUGAGCGCGGUGUACAGCAGCAGCGAGACGAGCACAUCGGACGAGCUCCAUGACUACAACAGCAGCUCUGGGGUGGAAUCUGGCUCCGAUAUGGGCAAGCACCACGCACCCGCUGCCCCUGGGCAUUCCCUGCACCCGGACCUAGACGUCCGGGACCUGGGUGUCCACCUGGAGAGCGGGGACGGAGAGGCGGAAGAGGCAGCGAUGCCGCUGGCUGACGAGAACCCCCGAGGCCCCUCCUCCAAUCCCUCAUCCUCCUCCACCACGGAGGACGAGGCCAGCGACACAGAGGGCGAGGCCCAGCUGGAUGAGGCCGUCGAGGAUCAGGGCAUCGACAACGCAGCGUUCAUUGACAACCGGCCCUGCGCCCAGCGCUGCCUGUCUGCCCUGGAAGAAGGCGAGGAGACGGGCGUGGUUGGAGAGGGGGGUGGCGAGACCCCCCAGUCCGCCAACUCUGUGGCAUCCUACGCUUUCGACAUGACUGCGUCCAACUCCAACGGCCACUCUACGGCGGAGAGCUGCGCAAAGAGCCCCGGCAUCUUUUCUCUGGAGGAGCUGCCCGAGGAGGCCAAAGAUCAGUCCGUCAUCCAGGAGCUGACCCUGCCGCCAUCCCAGCAGCAGCCCGCCCCGGCGGACCCCCUUCUGGCCUCCAACCCGGAGGAGCAGCAGUACAUGCUGUGUGGUAAAGUUGAUGCAGAGCUGGGGGACACAAACGAUCUUAAACCCCUGGACGCUGCGCUGUUCGUGGCCCCCCAGCUUUCCGGGGAGGGCCCCUGUGACACCCAGCCACCUUAUUACUCGAUUAUCUGUGAUAACACUGAGAACUCUGCGGCAGGGCUCGCCACGCUCCCCCAGUCACACCAUCGCCGUGAGUACCACCUCCACGCCCCCAAACCCCACUGUGACCUCUUGACCCCUCCCAGGCUGACGUGUGCCGACUUGCCUCCCCGGAGCCCCCAUCUGCAGGCCAGCCCGCAGCUCCGCAGGCUGGAGCUGCACCAGCAACAGCUACUGGAGAUGCAGCAGCGCAGAGAACAGCUGGGUAGACCCCACGAGGAAAAGGAGGAAGAGGAGAGGAAGAGGAGGAAGAGGGAACAGGAGGAGGAGAUGAAGAAAAAGGAGGCGGAGGAGCAGGAGAUGCGGCGUCGGGACCUCCUUCAGCAGGAGCUGCAGAAGCAGCAGGAAGAGCUGAAGCAGAGGCAGCAGAUCCUUCAGUGGCAACAGGAGCUGAAGGAGCAGGCAGAGCAGACUUCACCACAGCCCCCGAAAGGGCAGUCGGCAGCGCUGCUUUCACCAUCCUCUGGUCUCCAUACCAUCUACGAAGCCCUGGAGAGUGAAGAUGAGGAGGAGGAGGAAGAACAAGAUGACGGGAGGGAAACCGAGGUCAGUGUCAGGGAACACGAUGAAGCCCCACUGGAGAAAGACAUCAGUCACAGUCAAGAGGCGUCAGACGAAGACCGAGCAGACAGCGACUCAACCUCCACUUUCAGUCCGCCCCCCGACUCCCCCGAGCAGGGAGAGCCCAGUGAAGCCUCCCCUAAAUCAGCCCCUGUGUCCCCAGAAUGCUCCUCGCCCCCUCCCCUGGACCUGGACUGGGGGAAGAAAGUGGACAUGGUCCAGCAGCUCAUCAACCAGACCCUGCUGCUAACCGGUGACGGCUGUUCCUCUCUGCUCCUGCUGCCCGGGGGUGGAGGGGGCACGCUAAGCCCCCUGGAGGCCAGCCUGUGGCCCAACCUGUUGCCACCCCUCACCCCUCCCUCGGCCACGGUCACGUCGGUCAGCAGCUUCUCCCCGGAGGCCCCUGGCCAGUCCCAGCAGGGGGAGUGGACAGUGGUGGAGCUGGAGACCCAUCAUUAAAAAAAAAAGCGUACACAGCUCCUCAGUGCUGCUGAGCACAUGGCCGCUCUACACGACGGCACAAGAGUCCUGACCCGUACACUGUAACGCUAUACCUCUCUUUCCUAGCUACCAGCCAUUCGACACCGCGGCUAACACGACACUGUCGAACGCACUGAGCCGAUACCACUUUAUAGUCACACGGUUCCUUUGUGUUGGUGUCAAAAGACAUUGAAACCAUAGUCACAGCAAUCAGACAGGCUGACUUGCACCCACACAAUAGGGAAACCAAAAGGGUAAUUUAAUAGGAUCUCCACGCUUACUCCUGUCUUUCAUCCAGGAACAGUGUGCCGUGUCGGGCUACACCGUUUGCCAGAAGGACACUACCUUGAUUAGGGUGGUCCACCAAAUGUUCUGGACCAGCUGUUUUGGGUUGCAGUAACACUGUUGAUAACACUGUUGGUAACAUUGAACAGUUGUCCAUUUUAACAAAGCCAAAACUACUUUUCAUCACACCUUCAAUAUUCUGAUGGUGGUUUAGUUUGCACUGGAGAUGUCUCACUACUGACUUGGUUUAGGAUAAUUUGAGAUAUUUUAAUAGACUUUCGUUCUCCGUAGUAUUUGUUAAUGACUGAUGAUGAAACUGCACUUGACUGGAUUCGUAUCUCAUUGAUUCUGACUCAAUGCCUGCAUCGUGCUUCAAACAGUUUGAUUUACUCUAGAGAGCAAGCGGCUGUAGAAAUGGAAUCCCUGGAACGGUGACAGGGAUCACCAUUUAAAUCCACAUGAGCCUCUAGUGACUGUGUCUAUCUGCCAAGUUUAUGUUUCUGACACAAGACCAGGGUGUAUUAUUCCAUAAAUUAUUUUGCUAAAUGUUUCUUCUAAGGAGCACAACAGGGAGGGACCAACCAGAAUUGCAUCAAAUGAAAUGUUUUCUUUUUUGCUUUCGGUUUGGUUCUUAAAAUGGUUUCCGCAAUGAAUACAUCCCUGAAAUCUUCCACCAGCUGUAGAUUAACCUUAUUAAUCCAGCUGGCUGAGUUUUAUUAUUUUAAGGUUAACCACCCUAACACAGUUUUUUUUUUUACACCGCAGGAUCUAGUUUGGAUCCAGCUUUGUGUAAUACCCCUGGGUGCUAAUGACCUGAAGGACUACUUUUCCUGUUGAAUGCUACCGGGGACUGCAGACGACCACUGAAUUAUUGGUUUCUUUUUCGAAGCACAGUCCCUACAGAGUUGGUUCUAAAGACUCGACCCCAUAUCCUAGGAUGCUCUCACCACAUUUUGUCCCAUUUCCAUGGUUACCGUUGAUGUCAUAAUGGGAGCGGGCGCGGUGGGGGAGUGAGCAGGAAUGACAUUGAUGUGAGGUCAUGGAGAAAAGAACAGGAAAUGGAGUCUGUCGGACAAGCUCAAUGACCGUUGAAUAAACCACUCUGGGUAUAUAACCGGUUCUGCUGUGAGACUGAUGGGACCUAGCCUGGUUCUAGAUCUGUUUGUGCUAACACUCGUCUGUUGUAGUUCGGCUGCAAUAAGAGCUGGCAAGAUGAGAUUUAAGACCAGGCUGGGUGGGUUCAGUCCGGUCAUGGGUUUAGAUCAUAGGGGUUUUUGUGUAUAUUAAGUGUUUUUGUCUAUCGGUACACAAUUGGUGGUACUUUGUCCUUGUGGUUGUUUAUGGGAUGUUUGUCUGGAACGGUACUGCAUAUGAAGAUAAUUUUUAAGUUCUUCAGGGAUUGGGAAAACUUCUAAGUGAAUCCAUUAAGCCUUUAAUCAGGAGCCUUAAAACAAUAAUAGGUGAUUUCUUACUCAUUUCCUGGUCAGGACAGGUUUUAACUAAAUGGUACAUUAAUCAAUUUCCACUAAGGUUUCUCUGUAUGUAUGUAACUGCUCGGAGGUAGAUCUUACAGGAGGGUCAUGUAUUCAGCAGAAACAUGCAUUUGUAAUUGGGGUUGAACUUUUAAACUCUAACAGGGACAUUCCACUGUGUAGAAGGUAAUGAACCUGAAAGGAUGGAGUCCCCUUGUCCUAAAAGUCCUUUCAGAUAUUAAAGGUAGUUAGGUCCUCCACCGUGUCUUAUUUAACCAGCUGUCUCACACAGCUCGGUGGCAGCCAUUUUCUAAGGCAAUUUCAUACAUUCCAAUUUGAGGGCUUGGCCAUAACUACUCUCAGAUCCAAAGCAGCACGCACAAUACAUUGGUCAAAGCUGGACUUUCUCUAUUGUGUUUUAACUGUCCACUGUAGUGUUUUGGAUACUCUUAGUAUAUAUUAUUGCUGAGGGAAACGUAGCGCUAGUUCAGUGCAAUCAAGGGAAGCGACUGGAUUUUUAUUUUGUAAUGUAGUAAAUGUAUUGUAGUAUCAUAGUGAUGAAAAGAACUGAAGGGGAAGAAAGGGAAAAUGUCAAAAUGAAGAUGGCCUUAAUGGCGCUGGCUUUGCUCUCAAAGACGUCAUCAUAAUGGCUACAGCACCAUCACGUCUGUCUGUGUUUAUGGGUAGCAUUAGGAGGAACACAAUUAUUUAUAGAUUUAAAGCAGAUAGUUGUAGAGGGUUAAGGAAAAUGGUUGUAAAUUGUAGAUUAAUUUUUUUUUAUGUGACCGUUGAAUGUUGGUGGGCAUUAGUCUUGUAGACUUUGUUUGUAUCAAUUGUGUGUUUAAUCUGAAUUUCUGAAAUAUUUUUUCAUUAGUUAACAGGGGAUGUGAUGUGAAUAGCUCUUGCUCAGUUAUGUAUGUUUUGGAAACACUGAAUUGUAGGAAAGCAUUCCCUCUGUAGAGUUGAGUAAUUUAUUUAAAAAGGGAAAUACUCUUGUUACUGUCAAAUGUUUGUUGAAAUGAUGUUGGCAUUUUCACAUGUUGUGAAGUUCAAAAUUUUGGCAGCUCAUUUAAAUAUGUAAUAUUACCAUGAGGUUUUGUGACUUUUUGAAGGACUUACUGUGUUUGUGGGAUUGUUUCAAAGUAGUUUUCAACAAAUAAAAUGUUUCCUAUUAAAUUUU